AUGGUGGUGAAGAAGCCACGGAUUGUGAUAAUUGGAGCUGGAAUGGCAGGCCUCACAGCUGCCAACAAGCUCUACACUGCCACUGCCUCGAAGGACUUGUUUGAGCUGUGCGUUGUGGAGGGUGGAAGCAGGAUUGGUGGCAGAAUCAACACCUCAGAGUUUGGUGGUGACCGUAUUGAGAUGGGUGCUACAUGGAUCCAUGGAAUUGGAGGCAGUCCAAUUCACAAAAUUGCUCAAGAAAUCCACUCACUCCACUCUGACCAACCUUGGGAGUGCAUGGAUGGGAACACUGAUGAGGCCAUCACCAUUGCUGAAGGUGGCUUCCAUCUCCACCCUUCCAUUGUUGACCCCAUUACAAAGCUCUUCAACAACCUCAUGGAAUACUCCCAAGGGAAGCUCAAUGAAGCCACUGCAAAGGGUGAACUUGAAAGUUAUUACAAGCUGGCUGCUUUGGCUGCUAAGGUUGCUUCCAACAAGUCUAGGAACAGCCUUAGUGUUGGCUCUUUUCUUAGACAAGGCCUUGAGGCUUACCAGAUUUCAAAGGAGCAAGAGGAGGUCAAAGGGUGUGGGAACUGGAGCAGGAAGUUACUUGAGGAAGCAAUCUUUGCAAUGCAUGAGAACAACCAGAGGACCUAUACAUCAGCUGAUGACCUUUUGACUCUGGAUUAUAGUGCUGAAAGUGAGUACAUAAUGUUCCCAGGUGAAGAAAUCACAAUUGCUAAAGGGUACUUAAGCAUAAUUGAGUCCUUAGCUUCUGCGUUGCCACCUGGUUUGGUUCAGUUUGGUAGAAAAGUCACGAGGAUUGAGUGGCAGCCUGAUGAGAGGAAGGGUGUGGAGAAUGGCUGUUAUUCUUCUAGGCCUGUGAAGCUGCAUUUUUGUGAUGGAUCCGUUAUGUCUGCUGAUCAUGUCAUUGUCACAGUUUCACUGGGAGUGUUAAAAUCUGCUAUUCGGGAUGAUUCAGGUAUGUUCUACCCUCCUCUCCCCCCGUCCAAAACAGAGGCAAUUUCAAGGCUUGGUUUUGGGGUUGUUAACAAGUUGUUUAUGCAAUUAAGUCCAACACAUGGAGGAGGGAAACAUGAAUAUCAACAUGAACAUGUAAAUGAAGACUCCAACAAAGGGUUCCCUUUCCUGCAAAUGAUUUUCCAUUCACCUCAAUCUGAAACGAGGCAAAAGAAAAUACCCUGGUGGAUGAGGAAGACAGCCACCCUUUUCCCCAUCUACAACAAUUCUAGUGUCCUCUUGUCUUGGUUUGUGGGGGAAGAAGCACUAGCACUUGAGUCACUCAAAGAUGAGGAGAUCAUAAAUGGAGUUUCAUCCACAGUCUCGUGCUUUCUACAGCAUUCUCAGUGGCAAAAGGGUUCCAGUUCACAUAAAUUGUGCAAUGGGAAUGUGAAUUCUGAUGAGAGAUCUCACCAAAAUGAGGUGAAGUUCAGUAAAGUCUUGAAGAGCAAAUGGGGAACUGAUCCCUUGUUUUUAGGCUCAUACAGUUAUGUUGCAGUAGGGUCAAGUGGUGAUGAUUUAGAUACAAUGGCCGAGCCAUUGCCAAUAGAUAGCAGUUGUCAGCCUUCUGCUUCAUCUCCACUUCAAAUUUUGUUUGCAGGGGAAGCAACUCACAGAACUCAUUAUUCCACAACUCAUGGAGCUUACUUCAGUGGUCUUAGGGAAGCCAAUAGGCUUCUUCAACAUUAUCAUUGUGUUGGGAUUUAUAAUAUCUAG